CAGUCUCUCAUUUCUCUCGCUUUGUUUGUUGUAGAGAUGCUGGAAAUGAGAAUCAAGUGUCUUUGGAUUCUCUGUUUUGCAGAAUCGUUCACUCACCGAGAACCUGCCGAUGAUAAUCAUUCUUCUUCGUCGGUGCGGCCAGACACUGGAGAGCCUAUUACAUCCCCGGCGGCUACGAUUCUCGCAAGAAUCUCUCUUUCUCUUCUCUCAACUUUGCCGGAUCGGAUUCAUCCUGCGUCGAGGAAGUUCUGGACCCAGAUCUGUGAGGGUGUUUUUCCUUGAAGAAUCAUAAAGGGAAUUAUUACAAUAGUUUGUCUUUCUCCUU